CCCCACCAAACCUGGGACCAUGUCGGGAGGAUACGAUGAAUACGCCAGCCAGGAGGAGACCACAGACAGUUUCUGGGAGGUCGGGAACUACAAACGCACAGUGAAGCGGAUUGAUGACGGUCAUCGUCUCUGCAAUGACCUGAUGAACUGCAUCCAGGAGCGUGCCAAAAUCGAGAAGGCCUACGCCCAGCAGCUGACUGAGUGGUCCAAGAGGUGGAGGCAGCUGGUGGACAAAGGGCCUCAGUACGGCACGGUGGAGCGAGCCUGGAUGUCUGUGAUGACGGAGGCAGAGAAGGUGAGCGAGCUUCACCAGGACGUGAAGAACAACCUGAUCAAUGAGGACUUUGAGAAGGUGAAGAACUGGCAGAAAGACUCGUACCACAAGCAGAUGAUGGGAGGAUUCAAGGAAACCAAAGAGGCAGAAGAAGGCUUUAAAAAGGCCCAGAAACCCUGGGCCAAAAAGCUGAAAGAGCUUGAGGCUGCCAAGAAGUCGUACCACAUGGCCUGCAAAGAGGAGAAGCUGGCUACCACCAGAGAGGCCAACAGUAAAGGAGAGACUUCUGUGACAGCCGACCAGCAGAAGAAACUCCACGAGAAAGUGGACAAAUGCAAACAGGAUUCACAGAAGGCGAAGGAGAAGUACGAGAAGGCUCUGGAUGAGCUCAGCAAGUGCACCCCUCUUUACAUGGAGAACAUGGAGCAGGUGUUCGAGCAGUGCCAGCAGUUUGAAGAGAAGAGGCUGAGCUUCCUCAGGGAGGUGCUGUUGGAUGUCAAGCGUCACCUCAACCUCACAGAGAACCAAAGUUACACCACAGUAUACAGAGACCUUGAACGCACCAUCACAUCAGCCAGCCCACAAGAAGACCUGAAGUGGUUCAGUAACACCCAUGGCCCCGGCAUGCAUAUGAACUGGCCACAGUUUGAGGAGUACAACCCAGACCUCAGCCACAACAUCAGUAAGAGAGAAAAGUCAAAGAAAGGUGAUGGAGUCAUGCUGACUCAUGUCACGACAGCAGGAGACAAUGCUCAAGCUGGAGACCGGGGGAGUUUAAGCAGCUAUGAGAAGAACCAGGCGUACACGGCCUCCACAGAGUGGUCGGACGAGGACCAGACGGCUCCGAACUCAGGCAACGACACCAACGGAGGGACGAACCCCUUUGAUGAAGAAGUGGGCAAAGGCGUGAGAGUGAGAGCGCUGUACGACUACGAAGGCCAAGAUCAUGACGAGCUCACCUUCAAAGCAGGGGAUGAGCUGACGAAGCUGGAGGAUGAGGACGAACAGGGCUGGUGUAAAGGUCGCCUCGACAACGGCCAGCUGGGUCUUUACCCAGCUAAUUAUGUGGAGCAAAUCUAG